CAGCUCAGCGUCGUUUCCGCCGUCCACUCCUACAAGCCAAAUUCACUACUCUCUCUUUCGCUCUAUUAUUUCUAUAUAUAUAUAUUUCUCCAUCUAUAUAUGUGUAUGCCCCUCACAUUCCCUUUCAUCGCCGGAUUGUUCUUUAUUGACUGAUAAAACCCUAGCUCUCUUUCCCCGGUAAUGGAGUGUGUCAUGUUGAGCUCUCACGGUGGGCUAUGCGAUUCCUCGUACGACGUCGUUUCCAAUUCUCCUGCUCAACCCGACAAGGUCAUUAUCGAUACUGAUCCUGGAAUCGAUGAUAGCAUGGCGAUCUUAAUGGCAUUUCAAACUCCAGAAUUGGAGAUUUUAGGCUUGACAACUGUAUUCGGUAAUGUUACAACAAAAGAUGCCACUCGCAAUGCCUUGCUUCUGUGUGAGAUCGCAGGACGUUCUGAUGUGCCUGUGGCAGAAGGCAGCCCUGGACCACUGAAGGGGGGAGAGCCUCGUGUUGCUGACUUUAUUCAUGGUUCUGAUGGACUGGGAAACAUAUUUUUACCCCAACCAAAAGCUAAGAAAAUUGAGAAGAAUGCAGCUGAAUUUUUAGUUGAUAAGGUUUCUGAAUAUCCUGGUGAAGUAUCUAUACUUGCACUGGGGCCUUUGACUAACCUGGCUUUGGCUAUUAAAAGGGACUCGUCCUUUGCGAGCAAGGUGAAGAAGGUGGUCGUACUUGGUGGUGCUUUCUUUGCACUGGGAAAUGUCAAUCCUGCUGCCGAAGCUAAUAUCUAUGGGGACCCAGAAGCAGCAGAUGUUGUGUUUACUUCUGGUGCGAAUAUAGUUGUUGUUGGAAUAAAUAUUACCACCCAAAUCAAAUUCACAGAUGCUGACCUCCAUCAAUUGAGGCAUUCAGAAGGAAGAUAUGCUCAAUUCAUAAGUGAUAUUUGUAAAUUCUACAGAGACUGGCAUGUGAAGUCUGAUGGUGUCUAUGGGAUCUUCCUUCAUGACCCAGUUAGUUUUGCGGCACUGGUCCGGCCUGAUCUCUUUACAUACAAGGAGGGAGUAGUGAGGGUUGAGACACAGGGAAUAUGUUUGGGCCAUACACUGAUGGACCAAGGACUAAAAAUAUGGAAUUCAAGCAACCCGUGGACUGGCUAUUCUCCUGUCUCAGUUGCCUGGACAGUUGAUGUGGAUGGAGUACUUAAUUAUAUCAAGAAAUUAUUGAUGAAACCAUGAAAUCUGUGGGGAGCUGCUCUUUAUGCUGAAGAUGUGAAAGAACUGUCAAAGAUGAAGGUUGGGUUUUCCUUUUCUUUUCAAGGAAUUAUGGAUGUAGGGGCCUCAUUAUUGGUCUCGGUUUGAAAAUUUUCCGAUAUUUAUUCACAUGUAUAAGCACAAUUUGCUCGAUCAUCAACUAGAAAGAAGCCCAAAGCUUCUGGGCAAUCCAUUAUCCUCAUUCUGUGUUCUGGGCUACUUAGAAUGUACAUAGUGCAUUUUUGUACAUGGGAAUAAAUGGCUAUUCUUAAAUUUGGA